AGUCAUCUUGACAGGAGUGCUUCUGGACCAGGGCUUGAAAGUCGUGGACUAAGAAUCUAUUUAACUGCACGUAUUCAGAUGAUAUGAAAAAAUAAGAAAAAUAAUUCAACACUCAAGCAAUUUUUGGAUAAAAUUCAAGGACUACCCAAAGAGGACAUCAUUUCAAAAAUCAUGGCGUGUUUUGCUGUCACACUUGGAGUCAUCAUUCUAUCAGGAUUCAUCAAACUCUCGGCAGCUAACAAGGACAUCUGUGACCUUUAUGGUGCAGUUGGGCAAAGUCUGAUGUUGGACAACGGGGGACUAGCAAAAACAGACGGGCUGAGAUGGACCCAUAAUAGUACAAUCAUUUUCUACAAACAGCAAAACAAAGUGUCUGUUGGGAAGCCAGGUGACAUCUCUGUGACCGGAUCUCUUUUUCUGAACAACCUAAAAUUCUCAAGUGCAGGGAUUUACGAAGCAAAUGUGCUCCAUCCAAAUAGUACAUGGACGAAUGCAUGGACUGGCCGUCUCUGCAUGAUGGACAAGGUAUCAAAACCUCAACUCAGUUAUGUCUGUGAUUUCAAGUCUAGUGCUGUUAAUCUAAAUUGCCAUGUAGCAAAACCUCAGGGUUUGUCGUUCUCAUGGACCCUUGAUGAAAAGAUCUUAUCGAGUGAAACAAAACAAACACUGAGCAUAUCACUGGCACAUUUGAAAGGGGAUAGGAGCUUUACAUGUAGUGUGGCAAACAAAGUCAGCAAGGAGAUGAGUAACUCUGUUCGUCCAACCUGUAAAAGUCCAUCACCAUCACCUCCAAUUUCACUUUGUUUCACACGCAAAACAGUUGUAGCAGUGCUAGCAGGAGGAUCAAGUCUUAUUCUGCUUUUGCUCAUCAUCAUCAUCAUAUUAUGUUGCUGCCACAGAUGCAACAAAAAGAAAAUGAGACUCAGGGAUAAAGGGGAGAUCAGGAUGCUUUCGCUAAACAAGCAGGAACCUGACUCCAUCUGCCCAGAGUACGAGACUAUGCACCCGACUGAGGAUUCUUCGACUCCCCCGAGCCCCAAGCCUUCGCCCAGAACCUCUUACCAGAUUGUUGCUCAGCCUGAAGUUCAGACUGAAAACAGGCCUCCAAAGCUAUCCACAGCUGCUGAAGAUCAACAACCAUCACCAGUGCCAAAGCCGAGGACGAAGGGCCCCCAGACACCAAACGUCUGAAUCUGGGUUCAGCUUGAGGUCUGACCUGCUGAGUUCUCACUGAAAUUUGCUAAUUUCGUUAAAGUUAAAACCUUGUUUCCCAAAAAGCAAAUGUUUCAGGAACUAUGACAUGGCUUUGUUUUUAGCUUAGUGGCCAUACAACUGAAACAAAAUGGAGAAAAUUGUACAAAAAAAAGCCUUAUUUUUCUCUGAAUUAUUAACCUUCCACAUUGUUUUUUUCACUUCAUCAAUAGCAUUUAUAUGUACAGUAUAUUGACAAUGGAGCUAUCUGUGUCAAGGAUUAUUGGGUUUAAUCAUAAUGUGCUGUGGGCCAGGGAGGGAGGAUUUGGGGCAGCAUCAUCUGUAUUUUCCUAUCAACUUUAAAUGUAAUUUCAUGUGUAAAGUUAAAGUUCUGUUUUAUAAAAGUUUGGUUAUCUGAUCCCUGCUACACAUUAUGAUACAGAAACCAUGCUAGAUGAGUUGCAUUAUUGAGGUGCUCUUCUGUUUUUUAUGUUGUUGAUGAUCUUAUCUGUUUUAUUAUGAAUUCUUUAACAGUAAAGCAAAUGUACCUGGAAGAAUGUAUUGCAAUAAAGCAUUUUCUUAGACCAAAAAUGUGUAAAAUAGGUAUGACAACUUUAGGUUUUUUGAAUAUGUAAUAAUGAUUGUUAUGGUAUGAGAAAUACUGUAUCACAACAUAGAUCUGAUCUAAUUCCUAGAUUAUUAUGUAGAUUUUCCUGAAUUCAAGACUAACUCAGUUUGCAUGUACUAAAAAAAAAUUAGAUUUUCUGCAUUAUAAUCACACUGUAUGUCUACGUAUAUGUUGUUUGAAAUAAAUAAAGUUGUCACAAAUCA